AUGUGCAGCUCUAUUCGCGAGGUCAGGAGCCCCGCCGACUCGCGCGCUCUGACGAGGACUGACAUGGCCAGCGCAGAAUGCAACAUCCAUGAUGAGAUGCAGAAAUUGAUCCACCAGUUCUUCGUCAAGCACCUCUCCCUCUCCGCUGAAGACGCCCACAUGCUCCACCAGAAAUACUACAAGGAGUACGGUCUUGCGAUUCAGGGCCUGACACGUCACCACACCAUUGAACCCCUUGAAUUCAAUCGUGAAGUCGAUGAUGCCCUCCCCUUAGACAAAAUCCUCAAACCGGAUCCCAAAUUGCGCAAGUUACUCGAGGACAUCGACAAGUCCAAAGUGAAGCUGUGGCUGCUCACAAACGCUUACAUCACACAUGCCCAACGUGUCAUCAAGUUGUUGAAGGUGGAUGAUCUGUUCGAAGGCAUCACAUUCUGCGACUAUUCGCGGCCUCCGCUCAUCUGCAAGCCAUCCCAGGACAUGUAUGAGAAGGCGGAGAUUGAAGCCAGGGUGCCGAGCACGGAGCAGUGCUACUUUGUUGAUGACUCGCACUUGAAUUGCAAACACGCCGCGGAACGUGGCUGGACUACUGUCCACCUCGUCGAACCGACGCUCCCGGUACCUCGGGUUCCGGCCUCACAAUACAUGAUUCGAAGCCUUGAGGAGUUGCGGACACUGUUCCCACAGUUCUUUAAGGCUAAUGUCGCAUGAUAGAUAACUUGACAGACGUUUGUUCAUAGAAAGGGUAGUUUGUAUCAUGUUAGAUUAAUGAAUAUAUACGAAGCUUCUGCCAUUAGGCUCGCAAUGGCGGACUCUGUUGCGGCAGUUGAUUAUAGGUUCUUCUUUCUGAUU